AUGGCUGAAGAAGGUCUUCCUGCUACAACGCCAAUAUACCAAUACCAAGGCUUAGAACAAUGUCUCAGAAGCUUUGAGCUUGAGAUAGAGCGUUGUGAUAGGGAAGGCAACCGCAGGGGGUACGUUGUUGUUUCCGAUGUGGAUGAGCGUUCCUUCCGCGAGUGUUUCGAGAAUUCGGGAGAAACGCUCCUGACAAACUCAUGGAAAACUUACAACUUCAUUUCUCACACCAUCAUUCUCAAAAUGCCUAGUACCAUUCAUGACGUGGCCCACAGGGCCUUCAGUCGGGUUUUCGAGUUUUGGGCGCUUCAAGCGACAAGUGUUCUUAUCCCCACAGGAGGGGGCGAAUUCACAGGACCUACGAGAAAGAAAUGCCCUGAUUCAUCGUGGAAACCAGCAGUCCGAGGGCGUGGAAAAGAUGGGAAAUGGCCUACGGUCCUUGUCGAAGCCGCCUGGAGUGAAAGUAGCCAUAAGUUGGCGCAAGAUAUCGAUUUCUGGCUUCGUGAGUCUAAUGGUCAGGUAAACGUCGCCCUCUCUAUAAGGGUGGAGAAUGAGAGGGUCUGUCCCCAGGGGUUUGUGACACGGCAAUCAAAGAUUACGAUUCAUCGAUGGAUUUUUUGCGAAACUCGGAAUGGAUCGCACAUCAAGCCCGAUCAAACGAUGGAGAUCAUUCGAGAUCCAUCGAUGGGAGACCAUCAAAUCUCCGGCUCCUUGAACAUCUCAUUCCAAGAUGUAUUCAAUCGUCAAAAGCGUGCGAACGAGACCGACUUCAGCAUGUCACCCGACGGCAUGAAACAGAUCGGAAACCUCGUCUGGCUUAUCAUGUUCCCGCCCGGCCAACCUCCCGCGCUCCCCCAUUCGGUGUCUGUCAUACUCGAUGCUUUACAAGAAGACGAGCUGCGCACGACCUUUAACCACGAUGAAUUGGAACUUCAAUAUGUCAACCAUCGCGUGGGAGAGCUGGUCGAUGAUCUGGCUCGACACGAGAAGUGCAUCGCCACGUUGGGAGAGCGUACCACUCCUACACCUUCACUCGACAUCUCCGCCGGGCUCUUUCAGGAUACGCUGAACUCACUGCUCGAGCAUGCCGACCGCCUCAUCUUCCAAAAGCUGGAUGUUGGCCAGGACCCGGUCAAGAGAGGAUUCGAAGAACAUGCCUACGAUGUGAUCAUCGCCGCCCACGUGCUCCAUGCUACUCCUUCCCUGGAACAGACCCUGCGCAAUAUACGACAGCUCCUCAAGCCAGGCGGUUAUCUCGUUGCGCUAGAGAUCACCAAUUUGCAUACCAUUCGCAUAUGUCUUUUGGGUGACCGUCCUCCAGGUGAUCUGACAAUGUACUCGGUCUUCGCGGCCCAGGCAGUGGACGACCGGAUCUCGAAUCUGCGAAAGCCAUUGUCUCCAGUUCUAACUUCACCUCCGUUCGAGCGAGGAGUCAUUGUCGGGGGGUCAUCCGAUCGAGUGGCAGAAAUCACGGCAUUGAUCAAGCCGUUCUUUGCAACGAUGGAGUAUUACCCUGCCAUUGACAAUUUCGCAACGGGUCCACGAGCCGUGGUGUUGGUGCUGGCCGAUCUAGACGGAGACCCGUGCUUCCAGGAUUUGACUGAGUCACGACUAGCUGGCCUUCAAACCCUUGUGCGAACAGCCGACAAGACACUCUGGGUGACGGGGGGUUCUGAGACAGAUAGACCCCAUCUUGGCUUGAGCAAGGGCUUCCUCACCUGCAUGAACUACGAGCAUGCGCCGGCCAUGUUCCAGUACCUCAAUGUCAUUGACCCGGCUAAGGCGAAGCCGGAAAUGUUAGCAGAGCAGCUCUUACGCUUGGGUUUCACAACCCAGGAAAAUGACUUUGCACUCACCAAUUGUCUUCACAGCACUGAGCUGGAGCUGCGAGUGGACCGAGAGGGUAACUUCCUAUUCCCGCGCAUCAACGCGAGUGAUGGUUUGAACACCCGUUAUGCAGCUGUUCGCCGUCCGGUUGUCCAGUCAGUCGAGGAUUUACAUAGGGAGGUGGUCGCUGUUGACCAGGCCCCAGAUAAACAGCUUCGACUUUGCCUUGUUGGGGAAGUGAGACCUGAGGUUGGCGAGACCAUCAUCGAUGUGCGAUACUCUACCUCUCGCGCACUCCGCAUCAAUCGCGGUGAAUACCUGAUGUUGGUACUUGGAAAGGAUUCAGUCAUGAAGACAAGGCUGGUAGCUCUGACUAGCCGAUUCGCAAGCGUCAUUUCUUCCUCUUGCUUCUGGGAGGUCCCGGACCAUGUUUCCGCGGAGCAAGAAUCGGAAUAUCUCCAUGCUACUGCUUCGUCUCUGCUUGCUGCCACUGUUUUCAAGCCAAACGACGAUGUAGUAUUGGUGCACGGCGCGGACGAUGACACCCUUCGUCGCGCUAUUGCUAUCCAAGCUGCUGCACAAACCAUCCGGCCUGUCUUCACAACCACCAGCAAGUCGUCUAUCGGCCCAGGAAGAAGCAUCCAUGUGCACGAAAAUGACCCACUGCGAACGUUGGCUCGUCAACUCCCACGGGGAAUCACGAACGCCGUGAAUCUUGAUCCGAGUACUGAUCGGCUUUUCGAUCGCAUGGUGUCGGCAGUUGGCUCGUCGGGUAUGCACAAAGAGCAUCUCCUCGCCACUUUGACGGAGACCAUUGCUCGGCAAUCUGCAUCUCCAUCUGCAGUUCAACUGCAGAGAUUGACCGAAGCUCUGCGUACUGCUACCGUGACUGCAGAUCAGCUGGUCACCCAGUCCACCAGCUCACCUCCUGUCAUUGUUCCUAUCGCCGACCUUCCUUGCUCUAGGAUAGGCCUGAUGAUUGUCGACUGGGCUACAUCCACCCCCGACUUCGUACAGGCACACAUAAAAGCAGAGAGCAGUUUGGUGCAGCUCUCCCCCAGGAAGACAUACCUUUUGGUCGGCAUGACCAGCGCCCUUGGCCAGUCCAUCGCUCACUGGCUAAUCUCGCGUGUCCUCUCCCUCGCCCAGCGCUUGAAAGCGGAUUCUCCGCCACUGGGUUGUGUUCUCAACGGGGCCAUGGUGCUUUGGGACCGGCUCUUUGUUGAUGCGGAUCUCCCCCUUCUAGCUGGUCAGCUCGCACCCAAGGUCCCGGGUAGUCUGCUGCUUGACGAGAUCUUUGGCGAGGAGCCAACCCUUGACUUCUUCGUCCUCUUUGGUAGUGCUGUCGCCACCAUUGGUUACCUGGGCCAGUCCGCGUACACAGCUGCCAGCAACUUCCUGCUUGAGCUGGCAGCCCAUCGCCGUGCACGCGGCCUCGUGGUAAGCAUUGUCCAGCCAGCCCAAGUGAAUGAUGACAUGGGCGGUAUCCGAAUUCAGGACCCUGCUGUACACCCAGACAUUCUCUGGUUCCGCACUCCCAAAGUCUGGCCUUUCAUCCGCUACCAUCACCAAGGUGAUGGCCCCCCCGUAUCGUCGGGUACAGCGGUGCCUCUCGCCGAGCAGCUUAAAUCUGCAACCACAAUAGCGCAAGUGGUGGAGAUUGUCGAGGCUGUUGUUACAGCCAAGUUGCAUCACCGUCUGCAUCUUCCCAGCCAGGUCGGGGACGGCAGCGUCAUCACCGACACGCGACUAACCGAACUUGGUGUCGACUCAUUGAUCGCGGUUGACUUGCGUCGAUUGUUUGCGCAGGAGUUGGAUGUUGAUAUUCCAGUUCUGCAAAUGAUUGGAGGAUGUUCAGUUCGAGAGUUGGCAGACAUGACAAGUGGGUCAUUGGACCGGAAGUUUUAUCCGGGGGUUGCCAUUGAAUCUGAAGCGGGGCAUAAGAGCGAUGGCUCUGACGAUGGCCAGCAUGCUGGUUCUUCAUCUUCUAUCUUCUUACCAGGUUCUCAUCCCUGA